AUGUCAGUACCACGAGAGCGAAAUUUACGAAUUAUUUAUUUUACCUCUAUAACUCGUUUUACAGUUCCAAAGAAAAAACCAAUAAUGGGCAAAAAAGGGAUCAAGAUUUUUCUCUUCAUUGUCAAUACACUUUUCUUUAUUAUUGGACUUGUUGUCUUUAGCAUUGGGGUCUGGACCACGUCUGAUAAAAUUUUUCUCUCAGACAUCAUUGGUUCAAAUCUUUAUGCAGCUGCUUCUUACAUGUUAAUCAUUUCAGGAUUCAUAAUUCUUGUUGUUGCCGUUUUUGGUUGCGUCACCACUUGGAAGGAGAUGCGAUAUGGCAUUCUGCUGUAUUUUGUGAUUUUGUCUUUGAUUUUCAUCUUCAUGAUUGUCGCGUCAAUUUUGGCCGUUGUCUUCCGAGGGGAGUUGCAAGAUGUAAUGUCAAAAGCAAUGGGAGAAACAAUCCAAAAACAAUAUGGUGUCAACAUUCAGCACAAUGAAGAAAAUCAAGCUAUAACCAAAUCUUGGGAUGAAACGCAGCAAAAGCUUCAUUGUUGCGGAGUAGAAAAUGAAGGCUGGGAGAUUUAUCAAGAAUCUUUGUGGUAUCGAAAUCAAAAAGGAGAUGAUAAACCAUUUGUUCCGGAAUCUUGUUGCAAAAAUGUACAUGUGAACAGAAUCCAGAGGUUGAAACAGUGCCAAAAGUCAAGGAUGGGACCACCUGGAACUCCUUCAGGUGCCAAAAAUGAUUACCUUUUUUAUCAAGGUUGUUACGAUGCUGGCUAUAAAUUUGUGAUGGACCAAGCAGGACUCCUUUUGGCAAUUGGUUUCUCAUUCUCAGUUAUUUUGAUUGCUGGCCUUGUUUUAUCUAUGUGUCUGUAUAGAUUUAUACAACGUCCCCCAAAUGAAGAGGAAGAGAAGAGUGCCCCUCUGUAG